AUGAGCACCCGCGACGGUUAUGACGAUUCCCCGCUUGAUGAGGAAAUCCGCCAAUUCAGCAAUAACCUGGAAGGGAUACGGAAGCGCAGACGGCUCGUAGCGCUGCAGACACAGAUCGCGGAGGAGGGGAGAUGGCUCCAAGAAGCACAGGAACGCCUUGACAAGGCUCGACAAAGUGUGGGCCCCGAUGCUUCUGGUUCGACUAGUCUCCAAUCGCCAGUGGGCUCUAAAUCACCUAUCAUCUCGAAGUCGCCAGUGUUCUCUAUUGCCCCUGGCCAAGACACCAGCAGUGCUGUGGAUGCCUUAAUUAAAUCUGUUCUGGAUCCUAUAGGCAAUAAUAUGCCGCCUGUUAAUAGCAGCCCGCCUACAACUGACCAACCGCGGAUGGUCAACGGGGACGUGAAACUAGUGUCAACAGCUUCGGUGAGGCGGGGAAAGGAGGCCGCUCCUGCAUCUGCCCCAUCGGAAUACUCUCCCGACGCAGAGGGGGCGAGUAACGAAGGAAAGGAUAAGGUUUCAUCCGAAAACGGACACGAAGCAGAGAAAUUAACAGACGCAGUUCCUUCUCAGCGACGACUAAUCGCGCAACCCACUUCGCCGCGGACACAUACCCAAACUACACCAGCGCGUCGAAUCCCAGCCACUCCGCCAAGUCCGUCAGGUCUUGAUUUUGGAUCCUACCGGGGUAGAAACUGGAAGGAGUGGGUACAAUAUGUCAACGCCCUGGAAGCCCAUUUCGCCCGGUACCCCAGCUACUACACGGAGGCUCGCAAAGUGGAGCUCGGGGCAAAAUACAUCGGCCACAACCUGAUGAAUCAGUGGCACGAUCAUAUCAUGAGGCCUGGAAAUACGUCAUGGAACUCAUACUGCACGUUCCUGGCUCAACAGCUCUCACGCCGGGCGAGUCGCGAGCAAGCGAGUUUUGGAAUUACAACCGCUGAACAGAAAACUGCUCAACCUGUGACGCGUUUUGCCUUCUGGCUAAUCCAGUGGGCCCCUGUCCUUCCCGAAGUCAGCACUAAGGAGUUUAUGGUCUAUCUGCUGAGAGGGGCCCCUUCCCGAAAUUCGUGA